CCCCCCUCCUCUCCGAUAAUGACUCCAAAAUGAUCUCUUCUUUUUUCGAUGACUUGACGUCCGGCCACUACAACCUCCCCUCGUUCGGGGAAGGCCUGAACCAUAGCGAUGCCUGGUUGCAGUUGCCUCCCCAGUUUAUGGGCACCUCAACGUCUCUGGGCCAAACGUCGUCAUUUCCGUUCCCCAGCGCUGACCUGCACCACCACGACUUUCUGGAUAUGAUGUCCGUGGGUUCCGGGUUGAUGGCUCCUCCGCCUCCGCCUCAUGCUUCAGCGAAUGCUCCCCCCCGGUCGUCCACCGAACCUCAUCCUUCGGCGGAGGUUCUUGCUGCGGCCUCCGUGUUACAGAAUGGCGCAUCACCAAGAACGCCUGCAACGCCGUUACUCCCCUCGCGAGAUAUCCCCAUGGGCCAUUCAAGGCAGCAUCAGCCGAUGGAUAGCUUCAGACGGCCAGACCACAGCAACACCUACACUAGUAACUCCGGCUUUGCUCAGGCACAGUACGUGAACGCUUUCCCCGAUUUGCUAUAUGCGUCGGCUCCGGUCGAACGACAAACGACAGCAUCAUCACCGCAACAGAGCAGGCCCCAGGUUGAGAUACAAUGGGGUUCCGAUUUGCGCUUCGGUUCCCAGAGCUUCAUGCCCGAGUCGUCUAGGGAAACCCUGGAUGCGAUCUCCAAGGACCAGUUGCGCUACAUCGAGUGCCUAGAACCUAGCCAGAGCGCCACCACCACCCGACUACCGACCCCGAACGACGAGGUCUCCUCUCAUCGCGCCCCCCAGGAUAGACAAGCGCCGGAAGCCACUCGAACGGAGGAGGUUCAGGAGGGGCCUCCUAGGAAACGGCGGAAGAGUCGGAAUACCAACGAUGAUGCGGACGAUGAGGAGGACGACGAGGACGAGGACAUGGCCGGGACGAUGUCAAAGGGCUCGAGGAAAAGGAAGUCCAAGAACGAGGUCGCGACGGCGUCCGAAAGCGGCGCACCCAGUCGACGACGCAAGCCCGGCGCCGCGGCGAAGCCUCCGCGAGAAAACUUGACGGAGGCGCAGAAGCGGGAGAACCACAUUCGCAGCGAGCAAAAGCGGAGGACUAUCAUUAAAGAAGGGUUCGACGACCUCUGCGAACUGGUGCCGGGUCUCAAGGGUGGCGGGUUUAGCAAGAGCACCAUACUCACCAUGGCUGCCGAGUGGCUGGAAGACAUGCUGCAGGGGAACGAACAACUCGCUGCGCAGCUGAGCGCCCUCGAGGGAAGACAAUAGCGGUCGACAUUCCACCCGCGCUAGGCCGUGUAUCAGUAAUUCGGACGUAACGGGCAUUUUUCUUUUUUCUUCUUCUUUUUUUCUUUUCUUUGUUGUUAUAUUGUGCCCCCGAGCCUCGAGUACAUCCAGUAUUUGAGUUGGGUUCAACAUCCAUUGGGCGCAGAUGGACGAAGGCCAUGUUGGGGCAUAUCAUUGGAUUGGUGGGCAUUGAUUAUGUAGUUGGCGCACUUGGAGGACCCCCGGGCGGGUGUGGCCGGAGGGGUUUGUUUAGUUGGCUUCGCCAAUACGAGGCGAGAUUCGGAAAGGGGUGGCCAAACCACCAAGGUGGGGA